AUGAUUUUAUCUGAAAGAAACAAGCCCAACAUGUUAUUGAAAAGAAAAUACAAGCAAAUUUCAUUAUCUUAAGUAUUAAAGAAGCCAAUGAUAAUAAAAUCCUUACCUCCAAUAUUUGUAACAUCAGUUCAGAAAACUAAUAUGAACACACAAUAAAAAUAAGAAAAUUGUUAAUCUCAAAGACUUUCCUAACCAUCUAUUUUAAAUAAGUUUGAUGGUUUGGGAGCAAUAGGAUAAUCAUAUUCUCCUUUAGAAAAAUAUCCUCCAUAUUAACAAAUAGUUUUAUUGAGCAGUAAAAAAUUGGACAUUCAAGAUAAAAAAAAAUACACUAAUUUUAGAAAAAUAAAUGUUAAACCAAUAUAAAUAUUAACAUAAAAAUGCUAUACAGAAGUAGAAGUUCAAAUUGACAAAGUAAAUAAAUGGUCAUAAACUACAUUUGAUGAAGAUUAGUUACUUGAGUAUUUAAAUAACUGA